AGUGGCUCUAGUGGUGCAGUCGUCAACAAUCAACAAUCGUUCACAGCAAGAGGGCCUCUGUGCUGCGUGUGUUCUGUGUAACAAGAAGAACGACGUAGCAAGAAAACUGUCACGAAACAACCACCAUCUGUGCAGUGAGUGUCUAGAAAGCUGCCUGACAGACAGACAAACACGUUUUCGCCAUUUCAGCUUAUAAUGUAGUUCUCAGAAAUAUGAAAUGAGAACAACGGUAAAUUGCAGGCGAUUUGUACCAAGCAUCUUUUUGACAAUGACAACUUCGUUAAGGAGAAUGGAAACAUGGAGUGGUCAGAAAUAAAGAGACAAAAGAUGUCAAUUUCUCGACCUUGCAGGAAUGUGGGUAAAACAAAGGAGAGACGCCAACCUCUGUUCCUGUACAACAAAGGACACUUUAUUUAAGAGAAACUUACUAAUUCAUGGACAAGGAUACGUUCAGUAAAUAUAUUCUCUUCCGCAUACAAUUGAAUCGCGUCCAGAUUAAUUUGCAAGGCAAAAUAUUCGGUUUGUUAAAGUGGCUGAAUAUUAUUGUUUUACAGAAACAAAACUUCGGAAUAAAAGCGAACAUUCUGUUGUUAUCAAGUAAACUGUUAAGUCUUCGUUUGGAUAGCAUACCUGUGACCCAAUGAAAAUACAGAAAUUUAUACAAAUACAGGUUUCGACAACAAAACAAUGUCAACAUUUUUAUUUCCGCAAGAAAAUCAAUGAACUGAGAGAAAAGGCGAUCUAAAAAUAUUCAUUUUGUGGUUUCCAUGUAUCAAAUAGUGACUGACUGUAGGAGAAAUAACUUUAGUGCAGUUCAGAACUGUAAAUUUUUAAAAGAAACAAGAAAAUGGAUUAUUCAUAUAAGCAGUUCUUGCAGUAUUAUGGGCAGUGACUAGUCCCAUUUCACCAAGAUUUCAAAGAACCAAUAAAGUGCGCUAGUAGAAUAUGCAGUCCUUGUAGCCUUACAGGCACUGAUGCUCUAGUUUUCACACGAUGUGUCGUGAUUGGUACCUAUUGCCUAUUAUAUUCAUUUUAACGAUGAUACAAAAUGGCAGCGCAGCUGAGAAGACAACCGGAACAGGAAGUGCCGCCACUAAUAGCGGAAGCAGUGGCGCUAGCAGUGGCAGCAACAUCGGAGCAUCAACUUUAUCAUCUUCGUCAGCUGGGGCAGUUACGCCAUUAAGAUGCGAGGAAAUUACUAUCCCAAUGUGCAGAGGAAUCGGGUACAAUAUGACGUCAAUGCCUAACGAGUUGAAUCACGACACGCAGGAGGAAGCCGGGCUUGAAGUUCAUCAGUUUUGGCCUCUAGUGGAGAUUCACUGUUCACCAGACCUGAAAUUCUUUCUGUGCUCCAUGUACGCCCCGAUUUGUAUAGAAGACUACCUGAAACCAUUGCCAGCUUGUAGAAGUGUUUGCGAGAGGGCCAGGAACGGUUGUGUGCCCAUUAUGAAACAAUAUGGCUUCCAGUGGCCAGAGAGAAUGGCAUGUGAGAAGUUUCCGGUGCAUGGAGACCCCAAUAAUCUCUGCAUGGAACAGAAUAAUAGAACAGAUUCUAGUUCUACGACCACGGUGAGGCCGACGCGCAAGCCUACUCCAGGGUGCAAGCCAGGGAAGAAGGGAUGCCCGGAAAGCGUGGUGCCUCCCAAAAAUAAAGAAUGCGAAUGCAGGUGUAGGCCACCCCUAAUUACUUUGGGUAGGGACUCGGAGUGGUUCAAUAGGAGUGUCUCAGUUGGAAAAGUCCAGAAUUGCGCCUUCCCAUGCCGUGGAGCUUUCUUUUCGCAAGAGGAGAAGGAUUUCGCAUCGGUCUGGAUAACGCUGUGGUCUGGUCUCUGCUUCGUGUCCACGCUGAUGACUCUGACGACCUUCCUCAUUGACACCGAGCGUUUCAAGUACCCGGAGAGGCCAAUCGUAUUCCUGUCGGCCUGUUACUUCAUGGUCAGCAUCGGUUAUCUAGUGCGGGUCAUCCUGGGUCAUGAGGAGGUCGCCUGCGAGGGCAGUAUGAUCCGUUACAGCUCCACCGGACCCGUGACAUGCACCAUGGUCUUCCUGCUCGUCUACUUCUUCGGCAUGGCCUCCUCUAUAUGGUGGGUCGUCCUGUCCUUCACGUGGUUUCUGGCGGCGGGACUCAAGUGGGGCAAUGAGGCAAUUGCCGGAUACUCACAAUACUUCCAUCUGGCGGCUUGGCUCAUCCCCACGGUGAAAUCAGUGGCCGUCCUCAUCACCGCUGCCGUAGAUGGUGAUCCUGUGGCCGGCAUAUGCUACGUCGGCAACCAGAACACGGACAAUCUGAGAGGCUUUGUCCUUGCACCUCUCGUGGUGUAUCUUCUAGUCGGAACGUCCUUUCUUCUCGGGGGAUUCGUAUCUUUAUUUCGUAUUCGGAACGUCAUAAAGCAGCAGGGAGGUAUCGGGGGACGAAGCAAGGCUGAUAAGUUAGAGAAAUUAAUGAUAAGAAUUGGAAUUUUCAGUGUUCUAUACACAGUGCCAGCUACAGUUGUGAUAGGAUGUCACCUUUACGAAACGGCUUUACACGCAGAGUGGAUGAACCCUUUGGUGUGUCCGUGUGAAGCGAUGGGGCCUCGCUCGAGGUUAAGACCCCUAUAUUCAGUCCUCAUGCUCAAAUACUUUAUGGCAUUAGCGGUUGGUAUCACUUCAGGGGUAUGGAUCUGGUCAGGGAAGACGUUAGACUCAUGGAGACGGCUUUCGAGGAGACUGUUUGGGGUCAGUGGCGAGCCUGGUGCUGUGCUCAUCAAUCCGACGGCUAGCAAACAACGCGCUGCCAUGAAACACUACGUGACGUCAGCAGGAGCUGCACCAAGCAGCACCCUCUUGUCAGGGCCUCACAUUACAACUGCAGCACCGGGGAGUCUCCAGUCAUCAAGUCAACAUCAUUUUCAUCAUCAUCAACAACAGAGUCAACCGCUGAGUCAUGUAUGACAGCAGAGACCUGCCAUGAUGGCCACAAGCGAUGUUGCGACGCAUAUGGACUCUGAUUGUACCCUAGAAGAGGAGCGUGGUGUGAAGGUGGUAGUGGCCCUACAGGGGCAACACCUCGCAGCUUCUGAGGGACUCAGUAAUUAUGGUCCAGUGUAAUUGCGUCACAGGUACGGACAUUUCAGUGUUCAGUUUUGUAGUUCGCACAUAUAAAUAGAGAUUAAAUACAGUAAUUUUCUUUUCCGUGCUAAAAGAAUUUGUUAAGUUACUGUGUAACUGACAAACAUUCUAAGGUCACAAACAUUACAAAAGAAAAAAUGGAAGUAAGAGAGUUUUAAAGGAAGGGCGUGGAGGAAUUUCCUACAGCAGGGAACCGCCCUUCUUCUUCUUCUUUUGUCCAGUGGAGGAAAAGCUUUAGACAUUAUGUAUUCCGUUUAAUUUCUGCCCAGUCAUCGGUAAAAUCAUCCUAAAAAGGAAGACGUUAUGAAUGACAAGGCAGUAAAAUAAAUAGAUUUAAGAAACGAAUAAAAAUAAUAGUAAAAGAAGGGUGCAGUGCGUAUGAAAAAGCAAUGACAUUUUAAAUUCAAAUUUAACCGUCUUCUCAAUCAAAUGCACAAAUGAAGUAGAAGGAAAAAUUUACAUUCUCGUGCCAAUAGAAUAAUGAAAAUGAAGUAACUGAUAAGAAAAAAAAAAUGGAAGUCAUAAAAUGCGAUUUACAUCCACUUGAAGUAGGGAGAAAGUUAUUUAAUUGAAGAAUGCGUUUCUGUAGCGAACAGAUCCUCUCUUCUGUCCUCCAUAUUUAUUUCCAAGUUUUAUUCAUAGAUGUCGCAAAGGCUGCGUGUUCUCAUUAAAAUCAAUAUACAACGCGGCAAUUUCCAUUAAUAGUUCCUAUCAAUGCUACAGCUUCUUAUGGUAAAUAUCAGAACGGAACAAUGUAGAAAGCCCAUUUGCAAAUACAGACAUACUAAUUACAUUCCAACGAAACUAUCAAAACUACAGAAUCUUAAUGAUAUUUGUAUUAUAUCUAUUUAAAUCUGUAUGUAUUCGGAAAAUCGGAAGGUCGCUGGUUCAAGUCCCGACUAGGUCAUUGGAUUUUU